AUGUAUUCUGAUAACAUAAGUCUUGAAAGACUGACAGAAACUGAUAUUUCCAUAAGGUUAUCUAUCUCUGCUUUUCUGACCUACACUUCAGACAAGGAUCGGCUCAUCCAUAUUUUUAGUUUUAUGAUUGCGCCAGAGUCAAAGAGAUCUUAUCGUGAGAGACCCGGAGGUGACCGUGGCAGAGAAGAAACCAGUCGUGCGGGAGAACUUACGGACACAGGCCCUUUUUCCCUGUGUUGGCUUUGUGCAAUGGGCUGA